AUGUUCAUGUAUUUAAUGCAAAUAUAAAGGCGCAACUUCAUACUAAAUACUAUAAUUUUAGAGAUUAUUAUUACUAUUUUCUUCAUUAUUUUCCUAUUAACUGACUUAUUUUUAAAUAUCGAUUUCUAAAAAACUAUUUAUUAAAUUAUUUUGGGCUUAUGUCUAUUUUUUUUCAUUAAAACCAACAGUUUUUUUCUUUAUUUUAGAAUCUAAAAAUUAUACGUUUUCUUCGUUUUCUAUCCUUAUUUUUUCCUCCAUUUACUACUUUUACUAAACUUUCUUAAUUUCUUCUUACUAAGAAUUACAUAAAAAUCUAAAACGGAAAUCCUUUUCAAAAUUAAAAAUGUAUUCUUUUUCAAAUUUUUAUUUUAUCAUAAUGCACUCUUCUUAAAUUAAUAAAUUAUAUAAAUUAAUCGCUGAAACUCCAUUUUCUAAUGAUAAAUCAAUAAAAUCUUCAUUUUUAAUCACCAAAUAGCACCCUUCACUCCUUCCUAAAACAUUGUUAGGCCAAGAAAGGUCCAUAAAAAACUAUUUGAGACCUAAAAUUUAUCCGGAUUUAUAUAUUUGUACUUAGUUAUCUUCAUCAUUAAAUUCAGAUAAUUCACCUCUUAAUAUAAAUAUUAAUUUUUAACAUCGAGUAUUUUUUUUACAGAUAAAAUCCU